AUGUCUGAUAACUUUGCCACUAAAGAAGAAGCUGCAAAGAUCUUUGAGAGGUUAAGAAAAGAUCCUGCUAAUCAAGUUUGUUUUGAUUGUCCCAAUAAGAACCCAACUUGGACAUCAAUUCCAUUUGGGAUUUUAUUAUGUUUAGAAUGUUCAGCAGUUCAUAGAAAUUUGGGAGUUCAUGUAUCAUUUGUCAAAUCUUCCAAUUUAGAUUCAUGGCAACGUAUUCAAUUAAGAAACUUCAAAUAUGGGGGAAAUCAACAUGCUAAAGAUUUCUUUAUGAAACAUGGUGGAUCUCAAUUUGUUAAUAAGAAUCAUGGUAUUGAUGCAGUGGCUAAAUAUAAUUCUCCAGUGGCAAGUAAAUAUAAAGAAAAAUUAAAACAAAAAGCAACAGAAGAUGCCUUGAAGCAUCCAGAUAUUGUUACUUUAGAAGAUACUACCGAUAAUUUAGAAUUGUCAGAUUCUGCAGCUGAAUCUACUGACGAUUUUUUUUCAAAUUGGACUAAGCCAGUUAAUUCAACUCCAUCACCAAUAUCUUCUAGGAAUGCUACUCCUAAUGCAUCUACAGACGACUUGACCACUAUCAAGAAGAAACCAGUACCAAUUCGUACUACCUCAAGAUUAAGAAACAAUAGCAGCCCAAGUACUGCUGUUGGAGCCAAGAAAUCAAUUUUAUCAAGCAAGGGCAAUGGUCCUAGGAGUGCUCGAUUAGCAACAAAACGAAUUAAUAAGAAUGAGGCAGAAGAUAUCGAUUUUGAAGCGUUGGAAAAACAAGCAAAGAAGGAAGCAGAAGAAGCUAUGAAAUUAGGAUAUAAUCCAAACGAAUCAGUUUCUAACUCGGUAGCUUCAAGUUCGACAGUGGCAAAGAAAUCCGUUAGUUCGUUAUCAUUGGGAAAUAAAACAAAGGGGGAAGAAUCAUUAUCAUCACCUCAAGCAUCAAAUCCAAUCCAGGAAACAACUCAACAAUUUCAAAAAUUGGGGUUUGGUAUGACUCAAGGGGAAAAUGUAGUUGGUUCGAACUCCACCAAGAAAUAUAAAGAAGUGAAAUAUACUGGCCAAGUUGCAACUAAAUACGGAACACAGAAGGCUAUCUCCUCUGAUGAAUAUUUUGGAAGAGGUCCUCGUUUUGACGAACAAGCUAAGAAUGAAGCCAAAGCAAAAUUACAAUCUUUCAGUGGAGCACAAUCAAUUUCAUCGGCAUCUUAUUUUGGUGAAGAUGAAGAGCAGAAUGGGAGUGGCUCAUCUAGCGCUGGUCGUGGAAGAGGGGGAUCCGUAGGUUUAGGAGAUUUGGAAGCAACUGCAAGAGAUUUUGCAUCUAGAUUCUCGGGAAAUGCCAAUGAAGAUUUAGGUGUUUUGAAAGAUGCUUUAGAAGAUGGUGCAACAAAAUUGGGGUCUUAUUUAAGAGACUUUUUGCGAUAG